AUGCGCCCUCCCAAUGAGAUGCCUCCCGAAUUCCUACGCUCGAUGUUCUCACCUGGAUUCCCACUCGGCGAGCUUCAAGUCAAGACUGGGUGUCCGCUCAUCCUCCUGCGGAACAUUCGCGCAUCACAAGGACUGUGCAACGGCACGCGCCUCAUUCUUCGACGUGCUUCUACCCGCGUACUCGAGGUCCAGGCCAUCGGUGCUGACCGUGACGGCGACGUAGCCCUACUUCCAUGCAUCGUGAUGCGUCCUUCCGAAACAGACGAGGACGUUGCGUUUGUGCUCAAAAGACGCCAAUUCCCGGUUCGCCUUGCGUUCGCUAUGACCAUCAACAAAGUCCAAGGGCAGUCCGUGAAAUACGUCGGCGUCGAUCUUAGGGCUUCAGUAUUUUCCCAUGGCCAGCUUUGUGUUGCUCUCUCUCGGGCAACGACACCGUCCGCAGUUCGUGUGCUACUCGGCGACACCGAGCAGCAAACAGCACGCACACCGAAUGUUGUGUACAAACAGGUCUUCCACGCUGUUGAACGGAACUCUUUGCCGGCGUAG